GUCAUUGGAUGCAAGAUGACUAUGUAUUUGCUUGAGAAGUCCAGAAUAGUCUCACAAGCUAAAGAAGACAGAAAUUACCACAUCUUCUACCAAUGUUGGCUGAACAAGACGUCUCCAAAUGAAAUUAUGGUCGAUGGCAUGAAUGACUUGGAGGAGUUCAAGAACACUGUUGCUGCUAUGAGAACACUUGGAUUGUCUGACAAUCAACAAGAAGAAGUCUUCAAGAUUGUAGCUGGUAUGUUGCACAUGGGCAAUGUAUGUUACGUUGAUGGGAAGGAUUUGGCAGAGAUUUCUAAUUUGGAUGAACUCUCAAAGGCGUGUGAAUUGUGGGGAUGUGAGCCAGAAGCACUCAGAAAGGCUCUUAUUCAGCCAUCUUUCAAAACAGGAAAGGAAGUCAUUGAGAAGAAGUACAACAAAACUGAAGCCGAAGCAAGCACACAAGCUAUGUUGAAGUUCAUUUACCACAGACUUUUCGUCUUCAUAGUUGAGCAAGUCAACAGAGUCAUGAGAAAAGAUGGAGACACUUCUAUUGGUAUUUUGGAUAUUGCCGGGUUUGAAAUCUUCAGAGAGAACUCCUUCGAGCAAUUGUGCAUUAACUUGACAAAUGAAAAGUUGCAACAAUUCUUCAACAACCACAUGUUCAAUUUGGAACAAGAAGAGUAUCUGAGAGAAGGAAUUGAAUGGACAAGACAGAACUUUGGUAACGAUCUUCAGCCGGUCAUCGACUUGAUCGAAUCCAAGCAGAAAGCCUCAAUCUUGUCACAUUUGGAAUCUCAGUGUUUCACCAACGCAGGUAACGAUAAGCAGUUCUAUGACUUGAUUUGCCAAGCAUUUGGUGGACAUCCCAAGUUCAGAAAGCCAAGAGUUGCAUCGACUGCUGGACACUUUGAGUUUGAUAUCAUUCACUAUGCUGGUGAUGUGACUUACGAUGGUAUUGACUGGGUCAGAAAGAACAAAGAUCCAUUGGAACCACAAAUUAAAGAGACUUUCUUGGCUGCUCAAGGGAAGUUCAUUUCAGAACUGUUCAGUUUGCAUGUUGCCGGUGGUGAUGACUCUGGAGCCUCGGCUGGUGGAGCCAACAAGGGCCAGAGAGGUGCCAAGUUCUUGACUGUAGGAUCUAAUCACAGAGAACAACUUGAUGAUCUUAUGAAGAAGUUGAGAAUGACUACACCACACUUCAUUAGAUGCAUUCUUCCAAAUACACAGAAGAGAAGACACUACUUCAUCGAUUCAACUGUCUUGAAGCAAUUGAGAUGCAAUGGUGUCUUGGAAGGUAUUAGAAUUACUCGUCUUGGGUAUCCAAACAGAAUCAUCUACAACGAAUUCUUGAAGAGAUACUUCUUCCUUGGAACUAACAUCAACAAGAAAACUUCAGAUGCUAUGCCAGUAGUCAAAAAGCUCAUGAAACAAAUCUGUGAGAAGUACAAGAAGGAUGGCAAGCCAAGAGUUAACACUGAAGAAUUCAGAUUUGGUAAGACCAAGAUUUUCUUCAAAGUUGGUGUUCUUGCUGAAAUUGAAGAAAUUAGAGAGAACAGAGUCACUGAACUUAUUUGUGGUCUUCAUAUGUGUGCAAAAGCCUUUGCUCAAAGAAAGCUUAUUGAACAGAAACGUAAUGAACAGAUUGCUAUUAAUGUCAUUCAAGACACCAUCCACACUUGGUACCAAUUCAGAAAUUGGGUCUGGUUCAGAUUAUUCCAAAAGGUCCGACCAACACUUAAGAGAAGAAGAGUCGAUGAGGAACUCGCAGCCAAGGACAAAGAAAUUGAAGCUCUUAAGAAGAAGCUUGGUGAAGAAAUUGAGAAGAGAGAAGCCGCUGAGAAGGCACUUUCUGAGAUGAAAUUCAAGAACGUCGAUUUGGAAGCUUUGGUCCAGAAGCUCAAAGACGAAAUUGAAGAACUCAAGGAAGAAAUUGAGUCGAAGAAGAUAACACUUGAAGAGGCGGAUAUGAAGUCACAAGAAGACCAAGAACACAUUGAGGAACUCCAAGGUGACAUUAAGAGAGGAAAGGAAGACUUGAGCAAGUUAACAACUGAGUACAAGAAACUUGAAGCUGAUAAUCAAGGGCUUCAAGAUGAAAUUACUGAACACAAAGCCACUAUUGUUAAGAAGGAUAGUGUUAUCACUGAGUUGAACAAAGACAUUGAAGAUAAGGAAGGAGAAAUUUCUGACUUGAAGAAGAAGCUUGAAGCCGAAGAAGACAAUUCAAAGGAUCUUGAGACACAAUUGCACGAGAAGGAAGACGACAUUGCUGAUUUAGAGAAACAAGUCAAGAAGUUGCAAAACACCAUUUCUGAUGUCAACGCACAGAAUGAAGACACUGGCGCUGUUUUGAAUGAUACUAAAGAUGAUCUUGCCAAUACUAAAAAUGAUUUGAAAAAGACUCAAUUGGCUCUUGACGAUACCGAGAAGAAACUCGACCAACAAGUUGCUCAGAACAAGAAGGUCUCAGAUGAGAGAGAUGGAUAUAACCAACAGUUACAAGCUGAGAAGACCAAGACUGCUGCUUUGACUUCAGCCAAGAAUGCAAGUGAUAAGAAGAUUUCAUCAUUGAACUCAGAGAAAGACGAAUUAGAAGAUAAGAACAGAAAACUUGAUUCUUCUAAUAAAGAUGCUCAGAGAAAAAUUGCUGAGUUGACAAAGAGAAUUGAAGACGGACUUAAUGACUCUGACAUGUUGAAAGCACAGAAGGCCGACUACGAAGCUCAAAUUCAAGCGUUGAAGGAUGACAUGGAGAAGACUGAAAAGGACUUGGCUGGUGCUAAAUCUAAUAUGAACCAAAAAGACGUUGAAAUUAAUAACUUGAACGAACAACUUGCUGAAGAACAAAAGGAAAAGGAAGAACUUGAAGCAAAGAAGAAGAAAGCAGAAAAUGAUUUGGCAGAUUUGGAAGACGCUCAGUCCAACUUGCAAAGCGAAAAAGACAAGACGGAAAAGGAUAGGAAGAAGUUGGACAACGACUUGAAAGAAGCUCUCCAGAAGUUGGCAGACAUCACUGCCGAACUUGAGAAGAACAAAGCUGCUAAUAAGGAACUCCAAGCCAAACUUGAUGAGACUGCUGAUAACAAAGAUAAGCUUGAAGCUGAUGCUGAGAAUAUGAACAGAAAGAAAGAUGCUCAAGAGAAGCAAUUGGCUCAAUUGAAGGCUGACAAUGACAAUUUGACUAAGACAAAAUCUGUUGUCGAUGCCAAAUUGAAAGACGCUGAAAGAGAAAAAGCUGCUCUUAACGUAAAAACCGAACUUGACCAACUCCAACAGAACUUUAACUAUCUUAAGAAGAAUGCCGACACUGAUGCUGCUGAUAAGAAGAAACUCAAUGGAACUGUCAAUGAGAGCAAUAAGAAGAUUGAGGAAUUGAGUGCCAAAGUCGACGAACUUACUGGUGUUAUCACAAGAAGAGAACAAGAAGUCGCUGAAGCCAAUGAAGAGCUUGAAACUGUCAAGAAAGACAAAUUUGCGAAAGAAAAGGAGGCAAAAAAGUUGAAAGCGGAAAACGACGAAAUUAAAGAGAAGGUAAAGAACUUGGCGAAUGAUAAAGACCAACUUUCUUCUGAAAAGAAGAAGCUUCAAGACGAAUAUGACCAACUCAAUAACUUAGUCUCGGGACACGAAGACGAGACCAACAAGUUGAAUGGUUCAAUCAGAAAGUUACAAAGAGACUUAGAAGCAAACAACACUGAGUUGACUGAAUUAAGAGACAGAACAGCUAAAGACAAGAAGAAAAUAGCCGAUUUGGAACAACAAGUACAAGACCUUGAAGAUAGACCAGUUGGGACUUCAAAUAUUGACCAAACUGAAGUCAUCAAGAGAGACAACCAAAUUGCUGAUUUGGAAAAGGCAGUUGCUGCGUUGAAAGAUCAGAACACUCAACUUGAUGCUGCUAAGAAGGAUAUGAAGAAGCAAUCUGUUGAAGACGCUUCGAAGAUUGAGAAUUAUGAAUCACAGAUUAAGGCACUUGAAGCACAAAAGAAGAUGGCAUUGGACGACAAAGCGGAGGCUGAGAAGACUGCUGCUGACUAA